AUGCAACUUCUUAAAAUUGAUAAUCAAAAUCAAAAUGAACAAUCAACAUCAUCAUCCGAUAAUGACGAUGAAGAAGAAGAAGAAGAAGAAGAAAUAGGUGAAAUAAAUGAACCAAUUGAAAAACAAAAUACUCUUCCAAUUCCACCUCCACCAAUAUUACCAUUUAUACCAAAUAAUAUACCAUUUCUUACCUAUAUACAAGAUUUAGUUCGUACAAAUAAUAUUCCAUCAUCAUCACCGAUAACAAUGGGAAAAUUUCUUGAAAAUUUUCAAAAAGAAUUUUUAUCAACAUCUAUGGAAUCUAAACGAAUAUUACCAAUACCUCCACCAAUAUUUUCUCAAACUGUACAUCAUCAUCAUCAUCCAUAUUUUUCUCAAAUACUUUUUAAUAAUUCAUUUAUAAAUCAUUUUCCAUCUGCAACAUCAUUAACACGUUUUGGUCAUCAUCUACCAAUAGAUAAUUUUCAUGAUCAUUCAACAUUUCCAUAUCAUUUAUCAACACCAAAAAAACGACGCACUAAAGUAACUGAUACACGUUUAUCACCACGUAUAGCAUCGAAAAUUCCUUCGGAUGAUAUAACUGAUGAUGAAAAUAGUUCAUCACAUCAUUCAUCAGAUGAAAAUCCAACUAAAUCUGAACAACAAUCAAUUGAAUAUAAUGGAUUUCAAGUGGCAAUAUUAACAUCACUUCAUUUACGUAAAGCAAAAUUAAUGUUCUUUUAUACACGUUAUCCAAGUUCAUCAGUAUUAAAAGUUUAUUUUCCUGAUGUACGUUUUAAUAAAUUAAUAACAGCACAAUUAGUUAAAUGGUUUUCAAAUUUUCGAGAAUUUUUUUAUCAACAAAUUGAAAAAUAUGCUCGACAAUGUUUAGCUGAAGGUAUUCGUCAUGUUGAUGAUUUAAUUGUAACACCUAAUUCUGAUCUUUAUCGAAUUCUUAAUCUUCAUUAUAAUCGUUCGAAUCAAAUCAAUGUACCAAUAAGUUUUAGUAAUGCUGUUCAAGCAGCAUUAAGAGAAUUUUUUCUUGCUAUACAACAACAAAAAGAUCUUGAAUCAUCAUGGAAAAAAAGUAUUUAUAAAGUAAUGCAACGUUUGGAUGAUCAAAUACCGGAAUUUUUUAAAAAUGACCAUUGGAUGCAUUCCAUAUGA